AUGGCAGGCGAAGAACAGCUUCAGGACAGGCUAAAGAGGCUCGGUCAAGAGGUGGCCGCUAACUUUACUUAUAAACCAAGGAUCCAACUCCAAGGAUUUGCCGGCCUGGGUCGCCAUGGAGGUACAAUAAUUUUGAGGGAAGAGGCCUCAGCCGAACACGAGGCACGACUGGUAGUGGUCAAAUAUUCUUACGGUUCACUAUCGCCUGACCAGCAGUCAAACGCAGAUAAUGACCUAAGAAAUGAAUAUUAUUGGCUGCAAAGGCUCCGAGGGGCGGAGCAUAUUCUACAAUUGAUGCCAAUGGCGGAUUGCUCGAUCAACCUCCCUGGCACAUCUAAUGGUGAAGCGACUUACGAAGAGUAUAUACGCCUGCCUGACUGCCCAGACGAGCUGGCCAGUAGAGAAAAUCUGUCUGGCUCGGCACUGACCCUGGCGAGGCUGUGCUGCCUAGGUAGCGGGGAGGAUGCAUUGAAGAUUACCAACCGGUCGGUUAUAUACCAAUACACAAAUGACUCAGAUGUCCUUUGUACAAUACAGACUCGAGCACCAGAAGUCUUGAGAGAAAACCAAGUCAUUGAUCCGAAGUUACGGCAUAUGCUAGUCAAAUGUUUGGCAUCUUCCGCGCGUGCCAAGCCAUCACUCCAAGAGGUUCUCGACGAGACAGAGAGUGCAAUACGUGACGAAAAUCCCGAUCACCAGCAACUCCUGACUCAAGAAGCAAUCAACUUAGGAGGCUCUGAAACAGACAAAUAUAUUCGAGAAAUCCUGUAUACCUUUCUUUAUGGUAGAACUAGAUAG